UCUAGUUGGCAACUCUUUUAUUGAAAUUGUCAAAAGUUUCGUAAAAGUUUAAGACUGGUUAUCUAUAUAAAGUUUUAUUUUAUUUUUAUUAUAUUUUUAACUAUUGAAUAUCAUACAUUAAAUAAUUUUAGAGCAUAAUAUUUAUGCUUUUUUCUAAAUAUAGGUUUUCAUUCAUAGAUUACUUAUUUAGGAAGUUCAAGUUUUUACGUCGAGCAGUACAAAGAAGACAAAAUGCCGCGCAAACUGCUCAAGUUCCUGAUUGUGUUUGACAACACAUCGUUAUUAUACUUCCCAGGGCAGUUUUUGUCUGGUAAAGUGUUGAUGGAACUGCAAGAUGAUACACCAGUCUUAGGUCUACACUUCCAUGUAGUGGGUGAAGGAGUGGUGAGAGUGGGCUCUGGCAGGCAUGAGAGACUCUAUGACAAAGAGAACUAUAUUGAUUUUAGGAUGAGACUACUUGGUGAACCUGGUCAUGGCACAUCAGUGCUUUCACCAGGUAUCCAUAGCUUUCCAUUCAAGCUGGGCCUGCCGAUGGGGCUUCCGUCCACAUUCCUUGGUACCCAUGGUUGGGUCCAGUACUACUGUAAGGCAGCAUUGAGGGAACCCAAUGGCUUGACUCACAAGAACCAACAAGUUUUUAUUGUGAUGAAUCCGAUUGACUUAAAUCUGGAGCCACCCGUCUUGUCGCAAGAGUUCGAGUGUUCGGUGGAGCACCGCGUGGGCGUGGGGUGCGUGGGCGGCGGCGCGGUGCGCUGCCGCGUGGCGCUGGAGCGCGGCGCCUACGUGCCGGGCGAGAGCGUGGCGCUGUCCGCCAAGCUCGUCAACGCGUCGCGCACCACCAUCCGCGCCACGCGCGCCGCGCUCACCGAGACCAUACAGUACAGCGCGCACGGCAAGCUCGCCGCCAAGGAGGUGCGCGAGUUGUCGACGCUGUCGCACGGCAAGGUGCGCCCGGGCGAGACGGACGUGUGGCGCCACGAGCUUCUGUACGUGCCGCCGCUGCCGCCUACCAACCUGCGCGGCUGCCAUCUCAUCUCCGUGCAGUACGACGUCUUUUUUAUAAUCGAGCCGAAGAGCUUGGAGAAAGAAGUAAAGCUGCAGUUGCCGAUCCUGUUGGGCACGUACCCGUUCCGCGCAGAGCAGGAGGCGGCGCCGGCUGGGACGCACUAUCCCAGCACGCUGCCCAUCUUCAGACCUUGGCUCAACGACAAGCCCAAUAACUGACCACACUACACAUGGAAUGUUUACUCGAUAAAAUUACAGUAAGGCUUGAUUUCACAUGGCUUGAAGUUAGUCAAAGAAAAUGGAGACGAUGGGUAUAUUGACUAGCUUCAGGCCGAUAGAUUUAUUUUCCAAAUCGCAAUUCAAGUUUUAUCAAUGUCGAUCUUUUCGACACCCCUCUAUUAAUCUAUAAAUUUGACAUAAUGAUAGGGCCAUUCAAUGAAUUACAUACCAUCGAUUAAGCUCGAUUGACUAUUCAUAAUCGAUUGACAUCGAUGAGUAGUUUUAUCGACAUUGGUAAGGUUAGUUUAGUGUCAUCCGCUAGAUUACGAAAUGUGAUGUUUUGAAAAUUUAUGAAUUAUUGGAACUGAAUUUAAUUUAAAUAAGAAAAACUGUUAAAGUAUUUACUCCAAUAAGUAGCUUAGGUCCUUUCUAGAAAUUGACAUUCUAGAUAAGAAAACUUCUUGAAAGUUUGGAACUUUUUUGUAGACUCGUGUUGAAUCUCAUAAGUCUAAGGUAUUUUUGAUGCAACCCUUUGCUGUUCAAGCAAUUAUUUCAGAAUUUUUGUUAUUUUAAUUUCCUGGAGCAUUAGCUCCGAGGCUCCUUUCUUUUUACUGGAAGGAAUCUCAAAAUGCUAAUCGAAAGUCGAAAGAGUCUGUUUCCGAAUAACUUUUGCGAUGGAUAACUGCGUCUCAGACUCAUUGCAUGGCAAAGGGUUGACAAAUAUUCCAUCAAUGAUAAUAUAUGAAUUGAAUAUUUCGAAAUAAUUAUUUUAAUUCGUAUUUGAAUAUCUGAUGUAUGUUUGCGUAUUUUUUUACUGCCCUUAUAUGGCUAUGACCCGAUAUAACAAUCAUUUACAAACUCAGGGUGAGAUGUGUUCAGCCAAGUUUCGGCUGGGCCUCACAAUAAGCAUGUUCAUAUUUUGGAUAGUUAUAAAAAAUAAAUGUAUAUUAUCAGAACAAUUAUAAACAAAAGAUUUUGAUACUUGAAAAAUCUUAACAUAGACAGUUUACACUCGUUUUUUUUGUGACUCAAGUCUUGGUCCUAGUUGGUUUUAUAAAUCUCGGCCUAGGACUAAGCUCUUAGUUCUCACAUAUCCAGGCAUCAGCCCAGUGUCCAACACUAGUGCCAUUAAAUAAUUACUCACAUGUAUCGAAUUUAGAAUCGAAAAUUUUAAUAUUUUGUAUAGUGGAAUGUAACUGUAUUAAAAUGUACUUAUAUUAUGUAAUUCGCUAGAUGUUUCGUUUAUAAGUUUGUUUAAGGACGAUAGUUUUUGCAGCCAGUUAGAAAAUGAAUCGACAAUUUAAUAAUUAUUUGGAUCUGACUAGUUACGUAGCGCCCAAUGUAGUGACAGCAGGUUUCUGCAUUCGAUGACAAUUUAAACCGUAUUUACAUCAUAACUUACGAUGUAAUAAUAUCAACCAUAUGUUAAAACACUAUGGUUGAUUAAGAAUAUUCCCGGCGACUGUACUUAGGCGCUGACCCAACUAGACUGGCCGAAAACUAUCGUCAACAGUCAACUAAACUGUAUACGCACUAAUUGAGAUGUAUAUAACUAACCUGUGAUAUAUAAACCGUCCAUUUUAACGUAGUUGCACUACGUGUAUAAUAAAUAUUUACUAUACAG